AGCGUGACCGAGCGCUUUACGACAGUUGCUUUGAGGCAGUACCGGAGGAGAAAUAUGGCGGCCACCCUACUAGCUGCUCGGGGAGCCGGGCCGGCACCGGCUUGGGGGCCGGAGGCCUUCACCCCAGACUGGGAAAGCCGAGAAGUCUCCACUGGGACUACUAUCAUGGCCGUGCAAUUUGACGGGGGCGUGGUUCUGGGGGCAGACUCCAGAACAACCACUGGGUCCUACAUCGCCAAUCGAGUGACUGACAAGCUGACUCCUAUUCACGACCACAUUUUCUGCUGUCGCUCAGGCUCAGCUGCUGAUACCCAGGCAGUAGCUGAUGCUGUCACUUACCAGCUCGGUUUCCACAGCAUUGAACUGAAUGAGCCUCCACUGGUCCACACAGCAGCCAGCCUCUUUAAGGAGAUGUGUUACCGAUACCGAGAAGACCUGAUGGCGGGAAUCAUCAUCGCAGGCUGGGACCCUCAAGAAGGAGGGCAGGUGUACUCAGUGCCUAUGGGGGGUAUGAUGGUAAGGCAGUCCUUUGCCAUUGGAGGCUCUGGGAGCUCCUACAUCUAUGGCUAUGUGGAUGCUACCUACCGGGAAGGCAUGACCAAGGAGGAGUGUCUGCAAUUCACUGCCAAUGCUUUCUCCUUUUAUCCACAGCUCUCGCUUUGGCCAUGGAGCGGGAUGGCUCCAGUGGAGGAGUGAUCCGCCUGGCAGCCAUUGCAGAGUCAGGGGUAGAGCGGCAAGUACUUUUGGGAGACCAGAUACCCAAAUUCGCCAUUGCCACUUUACCGCCCCCCUGAAUCCUGGGAUUCUAGUAUGCAAUAAGAGAUACCCUGUACUGAUGCAAAAUUUAAUAAAGUUUGUCACAGAGAAUCUUUA